AUGCUGGCAUUGGGGAACCAAGUAGGCAAUGUUACGAAGAAGCGACUACGUUAUAUCUGCCCAGAAUGCCGGACAUUCGCUUUGCUUUCAACCUUUCUCAGUCGCAGUCAAAGAAAGACAUUGCCAGCAUCUGAACGUACCCGUGGGCAGUUCAGACAGCAUGGAAAGCCAUUCAGCUCAUCGAGCUCCUCCCUAGCAUCACUAGAGACCUCUCAGACCCCUAUAGACACCUUCCGAGACAUCAGAUUGGGCACUUCCAGCACCUCACGAUCCCCUUCUUCAUCGUCCACGGCUCCCGCAGUCACCUCUAACUCGGUAAUCCGCAACCAUUUAAGAGCAUGGAGCGCCGAGAACAACAAGAAAAAGAGGAAAGAAGCAGAUGAACACAGCGAUCCCCACAAGCUCAAAAGGCUAUCUGUGCUCCCCAAUUCUCUUUUCAUCGAAGAAGCAAGCCUCACCGACAAUACUCUGGGUGAGGAUGAAGAAGUGACCGCAGGCGAUCUUCCCGAGGGAUGGGAAGAUGCUGUAGAAGGUGGCGAUGUGUCCCAUCUUGACCCAGGCGACCUGAUAUGGUGGCAGCCCAGCAAGUACACCUCUGGCGCUGCUCGCUUUGCCCGCUCACAGCUGGCCAUCUUUUUGGGGACCCUGGGGUUUCAGCGUCAGUAUUUGCUCUCCGACGGUCGCUGGGUCGUCGAACGAUCACUUCGCCAGUCCAGUCCCAGGUUCGAACGGUUUGCUUCCCAGCAAGAAGUCGACCAGAUUCGGAAACACUUGCCUGUCAAGCCACUUGAGAUGCAGGCCACAGACUUCGAAGUCAGAAUGGGUUAUAGCUUUGCGGGCGACGUCCCUUCUGUCGACUCUGACAUUCUAAUAACCCGCCUUGCUCGGUUCAUCGAUGACAUGUCUACAUGGCGGCGAGAGAACCUUGAGCUUCUCGAUUCGCUCCACGAACGCAUCGCCGAUGAAGAAAGGUACAUCUCUCUCUCGUACGAACAAGUCGCGAGCAAAUUGUUAGGUAUCAAAUACUCCGAAGUACCUCCUGCAGCACUCUUUGCUAUCUACAGGACGCUGCGAAGGAAGUAUAUCGGUCAGAUUACUGUCCUCAAGAAGACUCACCAACCCUCUGCAACUGUGGCUGUCAUGCCUAAACGAUUGGCAAGACGUUUUGAUCAAGUCUGCACAUGGGCUCGAGAAUAUCAGGAGGCCGCCGCCGCCGCAGCUAUGGGAAAGGAUGUGACUGGUGCUCUGGCACGCAAUCCCCUCUCUUCCUUCGUUGCAAGGUCAAGGCGCUUGAUCCUAAAGAGCCGCACUCUGCGGUCUCCCACCACCAUUGGCAGUCUUGGACCGAGCUCCAUACAACCUACAGACCUUGAAAACGGCAAGAUUCCCGUCCAGGAGAAUGAUGAAACGUUCACGGAAGAGGACAAGAUGUUUCUAGAGUUCCUUUGGGACUGCUAUGUUCGUUAUCCUCCCCCGGAUAACAAUCGCAAUCUUGCCAUUGCUUCUUUGAUCCUCCGAGCUAUCGGUGCAUACCCAAAGCUUCGUCUUGACCAAAACAUGGGCUGUCUUUUGCUGCAAGAACUGGGAACCCUGCCACCUUGGUUUCUUCGCUCCGACCACAAUGUAACCCUCGAGAUCCCGGGCGGCAGAGGUAGCCACGAGCUGACCCGCAUCUAUAACGAGGCGGACAACUUCUGUCACAGAUUAGGUCUGAGCCAGACACUCGAUCAUGGCUUGCUCGUGGACUCUAUGGCAUCUCUGCGCCACGAUUUUGACCAUCUGCCGGUUUACUGCAUCGAUGUCGGGGAGACAAAUGUCAGAGAAGACGGCUUUUCGAUCGAGCCUAGUAGCGAAAUUCCUGGUGGAUAUUGGAUUCAUGGCCAUAUAUCGCACCCUACUGCGUUCAUUGAUCCGAAUCACAUCAUAGCACAGCGAGCUCUGAAACUCACCGGGACCGUCUUUCAUAACACUCACGUUGCACGUAUGGUCCCGGACAGCUUUGCUCGAACAUUGUCCCUACGCUCUGGUUCGCCCGCCAUCACCGUCAGCACGCUACUCACCGAGACUGGUGACGUGAAGGACAUCAAGAUUCGGCCGACUACGCUCCGAAAUGUCAUCUACCUCUCGAAUGCUGCAGUCGAACAUGUUCUGGGGAAACCCGAAUACGAAGCCGCUACUCUCUCACUAGGGCCACAAGCUGGAUUAGCCCCCAAGUCUUUGCAACAGGCGACGCCGGCGGAGAUCGAAAAGGCUUCUGCCAAUCUGAGCGAUCUCCAAAGACUGGAGAAGCUUCUCCUCGCUCGAGAGGAAAGUCGUCGAAGAAGUGUUGCCGUGGCACCUGAUUGGGAAGUGCAGGGCAGCCUUUCGACCCAAAGCUUCGUUCACAUAACAGGCAGUCGCUUUGACGAAGAUAGCCUGUUCCGGAGCCAACAAUACCUGGGCGACCCUGCAAUCAGAAUCACCGUGUCCCGGUAUAUGCGACUGAAUCGCGUGACAGAAAUGCCGCAGCACGUUACAUUGACAGCGUUAUGUGGAGACCUGGUUGCAGAAUCGGCCGGCAAGUGGUUCCAGGAUCGCCAGUUACCUGCUGUUUUCUUUGGAUCCUCGUAUGCCCCAGACUUCCCCCCUUCCAAACUCAAUAACCUGGGCCGCGGCGAACAUGCAGAGUAUCCGACUGGCAAGCUUUCCUCCACACCUAUACCACAUGUGCACAAGAGCCAUCAAGUCCAUUUGUGGUUCAGCAACCCUCUUCGACGUUAUCCAGACAUGAUGGCCCACUGGCAGGUUGAUGCCUACCUCCGCGCCGAAGCCAGCCGAGUCAUCCAGCCGGGCGAUCCGGACGACAAGCUGCAGUUGCCCAUCUCAAAAGAAAUGGUCGAACAGUUCAUAGUGGAACAUUCGCCUAGAAUGUAUGAAUGGGCCCGUGAGAUAGCGCGCACGGAGAAAAGGCAUUGGAUCACGCAAGCACUGUUCCGAGCGUUCCACUUCAAGGAGGCCGAACUCCCAGAGGUAUGGGAUGUGAAUGUGACCUCGAUCCUCACCACGCGAACUCGCCCGGAUGACAGCGGACUCCGGGGUGUUCUUCUCCCUUUCAAUGUCUACGCCGUCAUUCUGGCAUCCAACGAGGGUUGGGAAAAGGGAGUCAAGUACCGUUCGUUUUUGCCCGUGAAGCUGGAACUGGUCGACCUGGUCAAAAAAUCCGUGGUGGUCCGUGCCGUCGGUCCACCUAGCGAGACCUAUACUCAAUCCGGCAGCAUUCACAUCACCCCCAAGACUCAGUCCAGGAGGUCAGAUGACACCGAACAGUCCAGUGAGGAUGCAUCAUCUUCUGAAGACGCGCGCACUCCAAAGGACGCCGAAUCAGUCUAG